CCUAAAGCAUGCAUGUUUUUCCUAUAAAUCCAGAGGAAGGUCCUUAAGAGCAGGAAUGCUGUUUUCUGUUAUAAACUAUAUGGUGAAUUGUCAUCAGGUGGACCAGCAUAGAGCAACUCAGCAUGCAUCCUGCGUGCUGCACAGCUGAAGGGGGUGAAAUGUUAAGACAGAAGUUCUGAGGCAAACCUCUACUUAAGGAUGAAACCUAACUCUGUGUUGUGAUCAAGUGCCACUGAUGUAACCGGAACUACUCCCCUCUGAAGACACACCCCUCUGGCAGAGGUUUUAAAAGAUGUAACUUCCUUUUUCAACUUUCUAUUUUGCCUUCAGUGGCCCUGUGCCGCUAAAGGCUAGUUUGAUCGCUUCCCAGCUGAAGGCUAUGCUAAGUAGCAACCAAAUCCCUCUGCGCUCGCUGGACCAAGUCAGACUUACUUUUUCCUGCAAUUCAGAAGGAGCUGGACACAGUGUUUUUAUUCUUCCUACAAUUCAAACCCAGUUAAACGCCUUGUCCCCUAAAGCCUGCUCCAGCAGAGACAGAGAAGAGCUGAUCCAGCUUAGCUGACCUAAAUCUAACCACCAAACAACGGGGCCCCCAAUCGCUGUUCGCUGAAGGAGCCGUUAGAAACUGCCAGACCCAUGACUGCCUGAGACGGAGUAGCACAGAAGAGAGCUGCUGAUGAACAGACGGACUGGACUGAAGAUUGGGCCUGCAGAGAACCGGACCGAACCGAAGGCCUUCGCUCCACCGAACCAAAACAUGAUAGCCUUGCUGAUAGCCAUUGUGUAAAUUACUAAAUUGGUGAAAUACAACUGAAUUUUUAACAGCCGGAUUCAGGAGUCCAACCUUUUAGAUGAUUAAGAUCUUAAACAGCACAUGUUCUGAGCUCUGCACCAAACCAGUGCUGAAUAAAAUGGGAUUCUGAAUAAUGGGCCAUAUGAAUAAACUCAACUGAGUGAGGACACGAAGGGAGCCUAAUAGAAAUAUCCUCACGUAAUAAUGAUGUAAGAUUAUUCAUCCUUCCCAUCACCGCUCCCUCCAGACACUGAAGCUGCCCACUCUCUCUGUGCACCACAGCAGACAGGUUGUCGCCAAUAGGGGGGUUUGCAGCAGCUGUCCCACUCGGCGCAUGUGACAGCUUGUGAUCUGGACUCGACUGGGAUAAUAAUAAUAAUUCAAAAAAAACAGGCGCAGUUCUGUAACACCUGGGAGGACGCAGCUGCAAAACUACGCACAGGUGAGCCGCAGCGCAGGGCUGCAUGCAGACAUGAAGCCCCGUCUGCUGGGCGGCGGCGGGACAACUAGGAGACUUUUAUCGGCGUGUCUGAUCUCUGCUUGCCAAGCUCUCCAAAGCUGCGGGGGAGUCCAGUGCGUGGAUGGCCACCAAUGCUGCCCGCAGCCCGUCCACGGGAACAGCAGCUCCGGCUCCUUGGAGAGCUGCUGCAAGCUCCCCAUCCACAUCUUCUUCGACAACGUCGGCUGGUUCACACGAAAGCUGUCGGGCAUCCUGAUCCUGCUGCUGCUCUUCGCCAUGGGCUACUUCAUCCAGAGGAUCAUCUGCCCACGGCCGCGCAACCGACACCAGAACCACGAGCACGGCGAGGAGCCCUCCCUCUUCCACGGACCCGCAUCGGCGUCUCAGGAUCUGCUCCUGGAGCCCUACCCGGAGUGCGCGCUCGGGGAGUUCGCUUCUCCGAACCUGCCGGCCUACGACGAGGUCAAAUACCUGCCGACGUACGAGGAGAGCAUGCAGGAGAUGCACAGAGACCGAUCGGAUGAUAACCUGUUGUCUGGGGAGGAGACGGAACCGACGGGGUCCGGAGAGCAGAGGCAGGAUCUCCUGGGAGUGAGUCCUGCAAGGACAGCUCGGAACUCAGUGUGAGGGAGAGCAGGGGCCAGGGCAUCAUCCACCACUUUAUUAUCAACGUCAGGGGCAGGUGGGGUGGAUGGGUGAUGUAGAGAAACAAACUUUAAGUGCAAUUAUAAUCCUGAUUGUAAAUGAGACCAGGAAUGUGAACGUGUUUGGGAUGAUAAUAGGUGUCUGCUCCCCUCCUGUAUGCAAAAAGCGCAUUAGUAAAGGGGAUUAGAGACAGAAAGCGCCUUAAACUGAUGCUCAUUGUGUUAAAGGACAGAUCAUUGGCUGUGGGACAAUCACAUUAAGUUUCAGUGGCACCAUGAAAACUCAUUUCUUCCAUAAAAAUUCACCAUUUCUCUCUGUGCACUCAAAAUAUUUUCUUUGCUUUAUUACUUUAUGCAUCAAAAUGUAAAAAGCAAUCCCUCCUCGCAAACUUUGACUGAAAUAAGGAAUUCAUUUGAGCUCGAUACCUACUUUAUAAAGACAGUCAAAUCAUGUCUAAUCAGCAUGAAAGCAAUAUUAUCUUCACAUCCACAUGGUAGCUCACAGAUAAGUGUUUUUGUUGGUAAUCUGAACCAUGUUUCAUAUGUAUCUUGACAGAUAAGCAUAACCACAGGAGCAGAGUAAAAAGCUCACACCCCGCAGCUUUUGUGGCCUGGAGUUGCAUGGGGGAAACAAUGGCAGAUGUACAACAUGCAUGCUGAUACGGUGCAUGUCGGCACAAGAAGAAACAAAAGGCGUCGCAAGAAAUGUAGAAGAAAAACUACAGUUUCAUUUCAGGAAUUUAGAAUAUCAUGUAACCUUAAUUAUUUCAGAAAUUCAAACCAUUAUUUGUGAAAACAACAGUAUUUUUUGGUAGCAUUGAUCAAUCUGGCUUGAGAGAACAGAAAAAGCCAAAGUUCAGUGUCUGAAAAAAAUAAAAAUGGGUUUCUAGUGUAUCGUUUUAAUGUUCUAGUCAAUGAAGCAGGCAUCUGAUUCAACACUGUUAAACUGACAGUUGCUGACAGCCUUCCCAAGAGGUUUAAACCACUAAAAUAUCUUUGUAAAAAGUUGCUUUCUUACAGAUUGCUUUAUCCAAUCUUAUUUGUAAAAAGUCAAGUGGGCGAAAAAAUGCAGUAGAAAUGGGUGCAUGUGCACAAGGGAUAAUCCCAGCAAUAAAAUAAGUAUAGAGAGGGAAAUCACAGUCUGAUGGCUGGAGACUGAGACACAUCCAGGACCGGAGCUGCAAGAGUUGCACCAUUUGUAACAAGCCGGUCUUCAAACAGAUACAAGAUGAGGGGCAUCACCUUUAGGCUGAGGAGAAAAGGACAUUGGAUGUUCAUUAGUUGAAAGUGCUCUUUUAGGAUAACAGGGGAUUUUACAUUUUAUUUGAAAACUAUGACUCCAGAGUCUUGAAGAAGAUUGGAGACAUGGAAUCAAAAUGGCUGUACUAGGUCAAGUCAAGUGUGAAGUUUCCACAGAUGAUUUUUGGGAUUCUCAUCAUCUACUGCUGUUGGUCCUCUGUGUUCAAUCAAGGCAAAGUAAUUUUGUAGACCAUUCCAUGCUCCCUCCCUCUGAGGAGCUUUACAGGAAGGCUAAUUUCAUGUACUAGGAUUUGGCUGAAAAAAAAAAAAAAAUGGAAGGACGUCUUAAACACCAAACACAUAAACACCAGGUUACCACUAAACCAGGAAGUACUGCCUUUCAUAAUCAAUUUGCCUUGGUGGUUAGCGUGGCUCAAUGACCAUGGUGUAACUGUAUUCUAUUGGUUAAAAAAACCCCAGACCUAAACUUCAUAGAGAAUCUAUGGAGUGAUGGAAAGCUGCUGUCGAAGUAAUUCAUGCAAAAGGAGCCCCAACCAAAUAUUAGCCCGAUUUACACUACCCUGUGAAAACCGAUCCGUGCCGAGCUCGUUUCCUUAUGACCGUUUACACAUUACGCCAGCACAGUUCCUUCCUCCUAAUGACGAACUACGUAACUACUGCCCUCUACAGGGAAUCAAGCAAACCAACAUUGCGCCGCCCAUAGCAUUCAGGAAGUUUGGUCAUAAUUGUGAUAUUUUGUUUUUGGCAGAUAGUCAGCCUUUGGUGAAUUUACCUGACAGAGUCGGCUUUUGGGAGGUGGAUGCGACAAACAAUAGUCUAAUCAGGUCUUACAGACGCAGGUAAUGACAGACGUUGAGGUUCAUCACACUGCUAAGCAUCACCAUGCCGAGAUCGGUAUGAGCACGGUAACCGAGAUAACUGUUGAGUGUAAAAGACACACAAAACUGAAGCGGACCAUGCCAGACAAAACCGAACCGCCCUAAACUGUUAGUAGUUCAGCAGCAGAGCUCGGCGCAGUUCAGUUCUGGCACAGUUCUUAAAAAAACAAAGAUUAUGUGAGCAGACCGCGUAAUCUACUAUUUACAGUCAGCCUCCAGUAGUUGGCGGUAAUGCAUAUCAGUAAGUUGCUUGCCAACGGCCACAAAAUAAAGAAGAGAAGAACUGUAAAUAACAAUCGAAAUCUUCUCAACACUAAAUUUUUUUAAAUAGCUACAAAAGAGCGUGGGAUGACGCUGAGACUGAGGCUUUUAUUGAUAUUUGGGCGUAGGACGCUGUCCAGAUGAUGUUUACCAUCGAUCGUCACUAGGAUGCGAGGAACUGUGCUAGCGUGAUGUGUGAACGGUCAUAAGGAACUGAGCUGGGCACAGUCAACUGAUCCAAGCCCAGCACGGAUCAGUUUUCAGAUGGUAGUGUAAAUGGGGCUUUUGUUAUCAGAGAACCCAGCCUGAACUGAACCAGUCUGAGCCCUACUGUUGAGCUAGUACCAGUUUAGCGUGGUUCGAUUGUGUCUGGGAUGGUCCGGUUUAGUUUUACGUGCCAAUUAAACUCAACAGUUAUCUCGGUUACCAACCUUGGGCGGAUCUCGGGAUGGUUUCAAAUAGGUAGUGUAAAUGGAGCUAUGUUAUAGACUGUUGGUAUUGUGAAUAACUGUUAUAUUAAAUGCCCAGCCAGCUAGGACGUCAUAUUAUGUUGUGAUACUUUAAAAUGUCUAUGGCCCUCCCCGGUAGGGGUCGCAAAUAUAAUUUUUUAAUCAGAUAUUAUUUGGACUAGACAUGCGUCGGGGAGCUGUUCCCACUGCCACUAAAAGCCGAUUUUUCCCAGGUUUAAUCGGGUUUUUUGGCCAAUGGGAAAGUGGUACAACUGUGCGCCUCUAAACUAAUACGUUGUUAAAUCUUUUGAUUCAUUUUUGGCAAUUUUCUUCGGUUGAAGUCUAAAAGGAAUCCUACAUGUGGCUAAGUAAUAUUUUCCCCACUCUACCAGGCAAAAGCUCCUCUUGUCCAUCAGGGUUGGAUCAGCUGUUUUAAAACUUCUUUCUCCAGAUCAAACCGUACUUUUCAGGGUAUCGAUGAACUCUUUUGAACUCCAUCAACCUCAGCUUGCUAGCAAACAUCUGGUCAAACAUUAGAGAUAAAGAGGAUUUUUUUUCUAUCCCAGACAUAUCACAUUUAGAGUGAUUCAGCCAGCUUUGAAUGUUUUCUUAAGAAAGACUUCUGUUUUUAACCAUUCAGAGAAUGUAGUUACAUUUUGAGCAGGAGCAACA